AUGUCUACCACUGAGCUCGUAGCAUUGUCCUACCGUCACUAUCGAUAUUUUCCCGGGAAGCCACUCACCCGUCUGCCAGAUAUCCGAAAACACUUCUACGUUUCCGAGGUUAUUCCUGUCAUAGGAUUGGCCCUAUGCUCAUUUGGAACGGGCGUAUACUUCAGCAAAGGGGACGCCAAGAAGGGUAGUACAGAGCGUCAACCAAGCAUGAAAGCCUGGCCACUCCUGAUGGGAAAGGGAGCAUACUGGAGUGGUGAUGAUGGAAUGAAAGAAAUGAUUCAGAAAGAAUUGAGGAAAUUCUUGGAAUUGGAACUUGCUGUGCCUUGA